AUGGAACUGCCUCCUGGGGCUGUACCAGAACUCAAUCUACCACCUAUUGCUGACGACUUGGAUUCGCUCGAGCCACUCGAAGACGCUGCCAAUCUACCGAUUGACGAGUAUCCUGAAGAUCCGGACGAGGAAGAUGAGGACGACACAGUAGUCGGCGAAGAGGCCGGCAUUGGAUCAAAUACCGGUCAAACUAACCACAAUGCCGCCGGCAGUCCGUCCAGCACCGCUUCACCAGAUGUACCCAUGUACCGAGGGGAGCGCAUUCUCACAGUGGUACACACCACUGGCAUUCAACGCCUGGCGUUCACUUUCUGCAAGUGCACAAAUGCAGAUUCCGAGGCUGAGCAUCUGUUGCUUCGUGGAUUCUAUCCGGCGUCCGUGAAGUGUCCAGUCACCGUGUUCACGCUAGCCUGCCUCGACGACUUCCUCCUCACCAAUCAGCAAUGCAAAACGUCUUUAUCAUAUGAAGCUCUGUCGCACUACCGAUGGGGCGUUUUGGGGCUCCAUCCAGCCAGGAAUCAACACAUCCCCUGGCUGGGCCGAGAGUGCCGAAAGCCACAAAUAUCCUGCUUCACAGCACACGACGGUAGCUUCAACCUAGAGCACAUGGUGAUGAGAAACCCGGCAGACAAUGUAUCUUUCGUCGACGGUGACCUGUACUUUGUCGCUCAAGAAUGGUUUGACGCACAUUUGAAGGAUGCACUUACAAGGGCAAAGGAUGAGCGGGUUGCCGCAACGUGCAACGAGCACCGAGCCACCAAAGAGUCCCUUGGGGGCAAGGCCCAUCUAGACGCAACGGGAAUUGGUGCCUCUGCCUGCUCGAGGCAUGGCUUCUUCAUUCCACACACAGUGUGGACUUUCAGUGCGCCAACGGAACAUGGAUUACUCGUAAACUGGGCAUGGAAGUGGUUCGCCGGCUACACGACUUUUGUCCUCAUCUACGACAUCGCCUGUCAGUACCACAUCAACGCGCGCAAACGAUUUGAAGCAUCUCCGUUCCUGCAGUGGCCCAUUGCCGCUACCUUCUUUUGGGCCAUCGGCCAGUUCCACGUUCACGGCCAUCAAAAUCGUGUUACGCUCGGCAUUCGCUGA